GGGAGGAAACCGGUCAGAGGGGGGGAGACGGGGGGCGGGGACAGGGCGGGGCGGCCCCUGAGCCGCUCACUUUUCCUCGAGGGACCCAUGCUGCUGCCACCACCAAGGCCCCACGGCCCUUGAGAGCCCAGACAGAGUGGCUGGCUGCCUGGGGUGGAGCGGACAGGCUGGAGGGAGCAGGGCUGGGGAGCCCGGCCUGAAGCUGGAGCCAUAUUCCUGCCCUGACCGUCAGAGCCAGGGGACUCAGCAGGCAGCGGGACCAGCACUGGGGUGAGCACCCCCUCGGGUCCAUGUGCCCGCCCCAAGCCCAGGCUGAGGGGGCCCCCACCAUGACGGAGAAGGCUGAGACGGUGUGUGCCCCCAGCCCAGUGCCUGCACCCCUGCCCAAGCCUGCCUCACCUGGGCCCCCAAAGGCAGAGGAGGUGGGCCACCAAGGCGACUCACCCCCCAGGCUGCCCCCUGGCGUCCCGGUGAUCAGCUUGGGCCACACCAGGCCCCCAGGGGCGGCCAUGGCCACCACAGAGCAGAGUGCCCUUCGGCCCCCACUGCUGCAAUUCUCCGCCCUGGGCAGUGCCCCAACCCCCCUGGCCCUGCAUUACCAUCCUCACCCCUUCCUCAACAGCCUCUACAUUGGGCCGGCAGGACCUUUUAGCAUCUUCCCGAGCAGCCGGCUGAAGCGGAGGCCGAGCCACUGUGAGCUGGAGCUGGCGGAGGGGCAACAGCCCCAGAAGGUGGCCCGCCGUGUGUUCACCAACAGUCGCGAGCGCUGGCGGCAGCAGAACGUGAACGGCGCCUUCGCGGAGCUCAGGAAGCUGCUGCCCACGCACCCGCCCGACCGGAAGCUGAGCAAGAACGAGGUGCUCCGCCUGGCCAUGAAGUACAUCGGCUUCCUGGUGCGGCUGCUGCGGGACCAGGCGGCCGCGCUGGCCGCGGGCUCGGCCCCGCCCGGGCCCCGGACACGGCCGGCGCAGCACCGAGGCCCGGAGGACGGCGCCCGCCGCGGGCCUUGCCACCCGGCCGAGGCGGUGGGGCAUUUGCAGCCCGCAGCCCCGGCCUGCCCCGGCGGCGGCAGCCCCAUCGGGGCGGCCCGCCCCAUCAAGACGGAACAAGCGGCUGUGAGCCCGGAGGUGCGGUGACCUCCAUGGCCUCUGCGCCCGCGAAGGGCCUGGGGACUCAGCCCCGGGCCGUCGAGGAAGGGGCGGACCACGCACUGCGCGUAUUUUGGAGCGAAGGCCCUCCCCCCCCAGAGGGGAAGGAGGACAUACCCUCCAGGGGGAAGGGCAGGGGGUCUGGAAGGGCGGGCGACCAUCGCCCCCAGGAGCCCUGCAGACCCUCUUGUCCACCCACCGCCCGCUGGACGUUGCCUUGGUCCGGAACAUCAACAUGGCAGAGCGGCCGUCGGACCUAAGUGGUGCCUGUUCUUUUUUCUUUUUUUUUCUUUUUCUUUCCUGGUUGGGGGCUCAACGGAGAGGCGGGGAGGGGCGGGGAGGCUGCCUCUUCUCGCCGGCGCCCCCUGCUGGAGACUCAGGGAUACAACACCUCGACGGCGCCGGCCGCGCGCCGGGUGCGGGGACCGAGGCGCAGAGUCCACCCCACUCACCCGCCCAGGACCCGCCCGCCUGCACGACCGCGUCAGCGAAGGCUCAGGCGUUCUUGCUUUUGUUUUUCUUUAUUUCUUUAUUUCACAUACACAUUAGCCAUUCAAUGGAGAAGCCGGAGAGAGUCAGGCAAAGAUGGUAUAACAGAAGCGCAGUGACGGGGGGCGGGGCGGGCGGGGCGGGGCGGAGAGGGGACAGACGGGCUGGCUGCCUACUUGCAUUCCGCUAGGACACUGAAAACCCAGAAAACAAAACAGACAGUAAACUACCCUUGUUUCUUAUGUAUCUCAGUGCAGAGACGGGGGGGAGGGGAGGGCGGAGAGGGGGAGACCAGGCUGCAGGAGGAGGCGGAGGCGGAGAGGGGGACGGGGACGCUAAGGGGAAGCACACCAAAUCCAUUAGUACUAUAUAUAGAGAUACUCGUAUAUGCUGCGUUUCUUAGCCUAAGAAGAAACUUGUUUGACGGGACGGGCGGCCUCUGCGGUCCGCGAUGCUGGUGCUGGUCGGGCGCACGGAUCUCCCGAGGGGAGGGGCCGCCGAAGCGGGGCUGGCCCGGGCUGGCUUGCGGGGGGGGGGGGGGGGGGGGGAAGGACAGGGGGGCGCCCCAAAGGUGGGUGGUGGUGGGGGAGCAGAGGCGGGGCUAGGGUGCCCCUCGGGCUCUCGAUUGGGCUGGGGGGCGAAAGUUCUCGUGAUUCUUUUAUUGCUCCUUUUAUUUUUCUCCUCUCGUGUGUGUGUGUGUGUGUGUGUGUGUGUGUGUGUCGGGGGGGGUGUGUCCGUUCAGCACGGUGGUCGGGGUGGGGCAGUGGUGCGUCGUCGGAGCCACCCGGCCCCUCUGGGACCCAGAGCGCGGCGUCCGCUCCGCCAGCACGGGGGUGAGAACAAGGCACUAGGUCGGCCGGCCGGCGCGGGUGUGUAAGGCAGUUGACGGGGUGUCAGGGCUGGUGGAGGGGUGGGGUGGGGGGGGACUGUGUGCGGGCCGUGUGCGUGCGCAGGCCUGGGCGAACCGACCUGCCCGCUUGGCGGGUCCUGUCCUGGAGCGUCGAGCCUCUCCCGUGCUCCCCGGAGGGAGGGUGACGGGGUGGGGGUCCGGGUGCGGGGCGGGGGGAGUGAUGUCGAGUUGGGGGCGCCGGGGAGGGAACGACCAACUUGCUGGGCGCGCUCCUGGGUAUGCUGGUGAGGGUCAAGUUGGCGUCUGGCUCAAAGAAGGGCGCUCAGGGCGGAGAGGGAGCGAGGGAGGGAGGGGACCUUUGUUCGUUGGCAUUGACCUCUGCGGGGUAAGGGCUGGGGCCCCCCGCCGCGCCCCAGCACCGGGAGGGGGAGGAGCCGAGGGGGGGGCGCUGGGCCCCCCGAGGAGGAGGAGGAGGCGCCCGGGGAGACCCGCGGCCAGAGCAGCCCGCCGCGGGGCGCGCGCCGCCGUCCCGUUCCGUUAAACUCAACAAAGAAGGGAUAUGCGUGUUCCUAACGAGUGCAGGGUACUUAACUGAUCAUAAACUUAUGUAUAAUAGUUUGUGGGUCUUUAAAAACGUACUUUAUACUGUAAGAAGCACCAGGGUUUUAUGUUGAAUUAUCUUAAAAAUAUUUUUUUUCCUCUCGUCCUUUUCCUUUGAGAUCUUGUGAUUUUUUUUAAAAUCAGGUGUUUUUAUUUUGUAAAUUCUGAAAUGUGAACGUUUCCUUCAGCCCUCCCACCGAAACUGAGAACGAACGACGAAAACCAAAAAACCCCAGAUCAUCCUUGUCAACGCAGGAAAACGACUUAAAAAAAGAAAACGAAAAAAAAAAUUAAUAAAACCUGAAACGAACAAAA